AUGACUGGCAGAUUACAAGAAAGCGACCUACCCUACGCUCAAAAGCAUCCUAUUGUGCUACCAAAGCAGGACCCUUACUCGGAAGCGAUCAUCAGAAAGUGCCAUUUGGAUGUAUUACACGGCGGUAUGCGAGAUACCCUAGUACAAGUGCGAGAGAAGUACUGGAUAGUACGUGCUAGGCAAGCUGUCAAGAAGGUUAUAAGAAGUUGCGUCGUAUGUCAACGAUACAAUGCGCAGGCUUCAAGACAAACCCCAGCGCCGCUGCCAGCGUCAAGGGUAUCGCAGUCGGAGCCGUUUACAGUCACUGGACUUGACUUCGCAGGACCACUGAUGGUGAGGACGAGCCGAUCAACGAGGCAGAUAUACUUCGUGAUAUUCGUAUGCGCAACAACGAGGGCGGUACACCUGGAAGUAGUGCAGGAUAUGUCCACGCCAACAUUUUUGCUGGCUUUCCGAAGAUUUGUUGCACGACGUGGAAUACCGAGCAAGGUGUACAGCGACAAUGCGAAGACCUUUCAAAAGAGCAACAAAGAGUUGAAGAAAUUGUGGAAAAUUGUAACUGGAGAGGGUGUCAAGGAGAAGAUCACUGACUGGGCAAUUGAUUGGCGAUACAAUGUUCCGUACGCUCCCUGGUGGGGCGGAUUUUAUGAGCGACUCAUCAGAUCCGUCAAGGUGGCUUUGAAAAAGACCAUCGGCGCAAGGUGCCUGAACGAGACAGAGCUCACCACUAUCGUUACCGAGAUAGAAGCUGUUAUAAACUCGCGGCCCCUCACCUUUGUUUAUGACGAUCAAGAGAUCCGCCCAUUGUAUCCUGCAGCGUUCCUUACGGGAAAAAGACUAACGACGCUACCAGCUUCUGACACAGGCGACAUGCCGGAAAGCUCAGCCGACACCAUCCAACGUUGCUGGAGGCAACGAGCGCAAAGCUUACGUACUUUCUGGGAGAAAUGGUCACGGGAGUACCUUACAGAACUAAGGAAUCUUUGGAGCAAACGUCGUGGUAAAGCAUUACAAGAGGGCGACUUGGUCAUCGUACGCGAAGACUGCAGGCCGAGGCAAAGGUGGACAACAGGAAGGAUUUCGCGAUGCCCGCCAGGAAGGGACCAGAAAUCACGGGCAUUCGAAGUUAAGCUGCCCAACGGGUCAACUAUCGUCCGAUGUGGUGAACUUUUAUAUAAACUUGGAAGAAAUGACAUUUCUUCGGGGGGGCAGUGUGUAGGAACUGUUGUGAAGGAAGACGACGAGGAGAGACGAUGA